AGGAAGAGAGAGGGAAGUAUUUAAAGGAGAGAGGUAGUAGAGAGAAGUGCAGAACACAGAAGCUUGAGAAGUACGCUGUAUUUAGAUCCAGACUGAGCUAAAGAUGAAGACUUUAUUACUCGGAGUCCUGCUGAUUCUGGCUGUCAGCUUAUCCUCAGAUGCGGUGGUUGUUCGGGAAGGAGAAUUCUCGUUCCAGCUCGACUCAGUGAAAAGACUUUUGGCCCUCAUGGCUAAAGACAUCCCAGCCAAUCAGAGCAGCCGCAGAGCUGCCAGCAGUGCGGUGGCAGUGUGUGACAAUCCAGCCCUUCCUGAAGAAUUUCAGCCUCUGUGCCAGAGCAAAAACGCCCGAGCUUCUUUCUCCAGACUUGCUCGUUAUUCCAGGCGUCUUGGGGUGUGUGAGAUCUGUGCGUUUGCUGCUUGUACCGGAUGCUGAAAGUAGCUCAGAGGAUGCUUCUCAUGUUUUUCUACAGUUAUUGUUUUUUUCAUUGUCAGUCUUUUAAAGCUCUGUUACAAUAGAAGUAUAGUUUGUGUUAAAAAUUCUACAUAUACCAUUUUUAUGUAAUGAUCCACUCUGUAUAUAUGUACGAUUUUACAUGUUUCCUUAAUAUUAUAACUCCCAAUGCUUAAACACAUGACAUAACAGGCUACAUGUUCACAUUAUUAAUACAAUAUUAAUAUGUUUUGACUUCAAACUAGUUUGUUUCUGUGUCAGAAUUAUAAUUUUAAAUAAAACUGCAUACUCUGUCAUUAAGAAA